CCCUGGGACCCCUCGGACCCACCGCGCGCCCACCAUGAGGCCAGUGGUCACCACCUUCCCCCCCACCCUCCUCCUGCUGCUGCUGCUGCUGCCACCAGGACUCUCGGGGGGCUCCUGGGCCGCCUGGAUGCCGCCGGCGGUGUCGGGGCUGUCGGGGUCGUGUGUGUCCGUGCCGUGCCGGUUCGGGUACCCCGAGGAGCUGCGCCCCAGCUCCGUGCACGGGCUCUGGUACUUCGGCAGCCCCUACCCCAAGAACUACCCGCCGGUGGUCGCCCGGUCCCGCCCCGGCGCCGUCCACGAGAGCUUCGCGGGGCGGGCGCGGCUGGAGGGGGACCCGGGGGUGCGGGACUGCUCCCUGCUGCUGGGCCCCCUGAGCCCCGAGCUGGCCGGCAGGUACUACUUCAGGGGGGACCUGGGGGGCUACAACCAGUACAGCUUCUCCGAGCACACCACGCUCGAGGUGCUCGAGGAGCCGGUGCUGGAGGUGCCCCCCGAGGUGGUGGCAGGGGUCCCGGCCGAGCUGCGGUGCCGGGUGCCCGACUCGUGCCCGCGGCAGCGCCCAAGGGUGUCCUGGGAGGGGGCCGAGGACCUUCCGGAACGUUCCGAGCACGAGUCGCGCGAGGACUCGAACGGCGCCGGCUCCGUCGUGGCCCUGCUGCGCUUCCGGCCCCGCCGGGGGCUCGGGGGGCACCGGGUGGGCUGCCAGGUGACCCUGCCCAACUCCAGCCUGGCCUUCGCCGCCAGCGUCGCCCUCGACGUGCAGUACGAGCCUCAGGUGCUGGAGGUGUCGGGGCCCCCCGAGGCGCUGGAGGGGGCCGAGGUGGAGUUGGGGUGCUCGGCCGAGGGCCGCCCCCCCCCGCUGCUCUCGUGGUUCCGGGGGCCGCAGGUGCUGCGGGAGGAGCCGGGGGUCCCGUCCCUGCGGCUGCACCUGCCCCAGGUGAGCCCCGGCGACAGCGGCACCUACACCUGCGUGGCCGAGAACCGGCACGGCCGCCACAACCGGAGCCUCGAGCUGCACGUGGCCUACGCCCCCCGCCCGCCGGUGCUGAACGGGUCGCUGUGGGUGGUGGCGGGUGACCCGGUCGCCGUCACCUGCGGGGCCCUGAGCCACCCCGCCCCCAUCCUGACGGUGGCCCGCGGGCGCCGCGUGGUGGCCACGGCCGUGUACGAGCCCCAGGUGACCCUGGAGGUGGCGGCGGCCACACCUGAGGACGCCGGGGAGUACCUGUGCAGGGCCGAGAACCAGCACGGGGGGAGCAGCCUGGCCUUCAACAUCACCGUGGAGUACCCCCCCAUCCUGCUCCCCGAGUCCCGCUGCACCCCGGUCGGGGAGGGGGCCCGGUGCGUCUGCGCGGCCUCGGCCGUCCCCGAGCCCGUGGUGGCCUUCGAGCUGCCCUCCCACAACGUCACCGUGGCCGAGGGGCACCGGGACUACGCCCUGGCCACGCCCGGGGGGGUUCCCGACCCCGGGACGGGCCCCGGGACGGUGACAGGGGUGCUGACCCUGCGUGGGACCCUCGAGCCCCGGCUCGCCGUGCUCUGCCUCGCCCGCAACGCCCACGGCACCGCCCGGCAGCAGCUGCGCUUCCACCACCCCGCGGGGCUGGUCUGGGCCAAGGUGGGCCCGGUCGGGGCCGUCGUGGCCUUCGCCGUCGUCAUCGCCCUCGUGUGCUACCUGAGCCAGAGCCGCCGCAAGAAGGCGUCGGGAGCCCCCGAGGUGACCCCGGUGGCCCCCCCGGGGCAGGGGGGGGACCCCGAGCGGCGCCCACUGCAGGCCCGGUGGCUCCGAGGGGCCGUGGGACGGUGGGCGCUGGGGGUGGGGGAGGGGCCGGGGGCGCCCCCGGAACCGGCCCCGCCCCCCAAACCCACCCGGGGGCCCCCGGAGGAGCCCCCGGAAUAUGCCGAGAUCCGGGUCAAGUGACCCCGCCCUGGACACGCCCACCCCGAUGGACGCACCCACCCUGAUGGACACACCCACCUGCUCCUGGACAUGCCCACCUUCUGCUGGACACGCCCACCUCCUGCUGGCCACGCCCACUGGGGCCCCGACACACCUGUUGUGACCUGGACACGCCCACCUUCUGCUGGCCAUGCCCCCUCCUCCUGGACAUGCCCAGUUUCUGCUGGCCACGCCCCUCUCCUUCUGACCACGCCCACUCCCAUGGACACACCCAUCGCCUCCUGGCCACGCCCACCACAGGGACCUGCCCAAUGAGGGUCUGGCCCAUCCCCAUCUGGCCCCACCCCCAGGACACAGACACACCCCCAAGGCCCUGCCCCCCUCCCGGGCAGGCCCCGCCCCUGUGGUUAUUUAUUGCCCCCUCAUUAACGGCCCUUAACGAGCCCCACCCCCACGACCUUUGACCCCAAGACCCCCCAAAAAUAAACUGGA